CUGUCUGCAGUCUCUGGUCCUUCCCUGCACUGUCUGCAGUCUCUGGUCAUCCCCUGCACUGUCUGCAGUCUCUGGUCAUUCCCUGCACUGUCUACAGUCUCUGGUCAUUCCCUGCACUGUCUGCAGUCUCUGGUCAUUCCCUGCACUGUCUGCAGUCUCUGUCUCUGGUCAUUCCCUGCACUGUCUGCAGUCUCUGGUCAUUCCCUGCACUGUCUGCAGUCUCUGGUCAUUCCCUGCACUGUCUGCAGUCUCUGGUCACCCCUGCACUGUGUCCGCAGUCUCUGGUCAUCUCCUGCACUGUGUCUGCAGUCUCUGGUCAUCUCCUGCACUGUGUCCGCAGUCUCUGGUCAUCUCCUGUACUAUAUCCGCUGUCCCUGGUCAUUCCCUGUACUGUGUCCGCUGUCCCUGGUCAUUCCCUGUACUGUGUCCGCUGUCCCUGGUCAUUCCCUGUACUGUGUCCGUUGUCUCUGGUCAUUCCCUGUACUAUGUCCGCUGUCUCUGGUCAUCUCCUGUACUGUCCACAGUCUCUGGUUAUCUCCUGUACUGUGUCCGCAGUCUCUGGUCAUCCCCUGUACUGUGUCUGCAGUC